AUGGCGGAUGAACGCAGCAUUGAUGCGUUCGACACUAGCCGCCAUGCCGUCGGAUGCAAAUGGUCAGCGGUACAGGCAGGAUAUGUAGAGGAUUCCUACAUCGGUUACUUCACAGAUGGCAAGAAGCACGGUCCGAUUCAUAACAUGCUUCACUUCCUGCGCAUAAAUGCCAUCAGACAAGCAAUUAGCGCGUUUAUUGAGCAGUUUCCGGAUGAAAAUGUCCAGCUUGUCAACCUCGGCUGCGGGUUCGACACCCUGGCGUUCUGGGUUCUGCAGCACUAUCCAAAAGCGACGUGUUUCGACGUGGACAAGCCGAGGCAGUUGAAGGCGAAGGCGGCGUUGAUUAGGAAGGCCUAUCCUGUGAUGGAGCUGCUGCAGGAGUUCGACGGUGACGGGGAUAAGAUAAUAGAUGCCAAGAGAUACAAAAUGGUUCCGGCGGAUCUAAACAAUAUCACAGAAAUAGAGAUGCUCGUGUCAAACUACAACUUCGCCAGGGACCAACCCACCGUCUUCCUCAGCGAGUGCUCCCUUGUUUACCUGGAUGUGGAAAAAAGCAACAAGAUCAUCAAGUUCGCCUCAAGUGUUUCUAGCGGCCCGUCGUGUUUCGUGUAUUGGGAGCCGGAAUUCGGAAGCGAGCUGCACGGGUCGAUUGCUUACCCUACCAUAGAGAGUCAGAUCAAAAGGUCAUGGAAUGAGACUGAUUGUGAAAAAAAAGCGAACUAUAUACAUGAUGACGCGGAAACACUGAUGCAUAGGUACACCGAGCUCGGCUGGGAGAAGGUCGCAAUCAUGGACAUGAAUACCCUAUACAACGUGCUCAUCACCGAUGAGGAAAAGAGGAGGCUGAGGAAACUUGAGUGUCUGGACGAGGUCGAGGAGAUCGUCAUUGUGUGCCAGCAUUAUGUCGUAGGUGUAUGUGGCACCAAACCGGAGAGGAUGUCGAAGCUUUUCGACACAUUUACACAAACGGAUGCGGCCAAAACGAUUAGGACCUACACCACGGAGGAAGUGAGAGAAAUGAUACGGAGUGGUACCCUUUCCGAAAUGCAGCCGGCGUCAUUGAGCACGGGCUGGCUAUCCUAG